AUGGCAGGGCUGGGGGUGACAUUGGUGCUGGUCCCCCCACAGCGCUGCAAGGAGCGGGGGAACUCACUCGCCAGAGCAGACAUGUGGCCGGGGGUGAAGCUGCGGGUGACGGAGGGCUGGGACGAGGAUGGACACCACCUCCCUGACUCACUGCACUAUGAGGGCCGGGCGCUGGACAUCACCACCUCUGACCGCGACCGCCACAAGUAUGGCAUGCUGGCACGCCUGGCUGUGGAGGCUGGUUUCGACUGGGUCUACUACGAGUCCAAGGCACAUGUCCAUGUCUCCGUCAAAGCAGAUAACUCACUGGCCAUCCGCACUGGUGGCUGCUUCCCGGGCCAUGCCACCGUGACGCUGCAGAGUGGUGAGCGCCGGGGUCUGGCCGACCUACGCCGGGGUGACUGGGUGCUGGGUGCAGAGCCAGGCGGCCGCCUUGUGCCCACUGAGGUGUUGCUCUUCCUCGACCGGAAUCUGGGCCAACGUGCCUCCUUUGUCGCCAUCGAGACAGCCAGCCCAGCACGCCGGCUCCUCCUCACACCAUCCCACCUGGUCUUCGUGGCCCGUGGGGCAGCCAACAGCACAGCCGCCUUUCUGCCUGUUUUCGCCCGCCGUGUGCGACCAGGCGAUGCGGUGCUGGCCCAUGGGGCCAGUGGGCAGGGGCUGCGCCCCGUGCGGGUGCUACGGGUUUCACAGGAGGACAGCGUGGGGGUCUUUGCCCCCCUCACCUCCCAUGGGACCCUGCUGGUCAACGGGGUGCUGGCAUCCUGCUAUGCCGUCCUGGAGAGCCACCGCUGGGCCCACCAUGCCUUCGCCCCCCUCCGCCUCUUCCAUGGGCUUCUCUCGCUGCUGCCAUCCCGCGCCGAGGUGGGCAAUGGGACGGCACCAGAGAUAGGCAUGCACUGGUACUCACGCCUGCUCUACCAGCUGGCUGGGGGUGUGCUGGGCCAGGAGGUCCUGCAGGCAUAG